AUGAUCAAAUCAGUCUCAUCUCUACGCAAAAGUCUGUUUCUACAUAUUCGUACGCUACAAACUUUCUCUAAGUACAACGCACAAGCUGCAUCGGCCUUGCGAGAAGAGCGCAAGAAACCUUCUUAUCAAUAUGGAGAUGAUGAGUAUGCGGAUUUGGACUGGGAUAAUCUCGGAUUUGGCCUUACUCCGGCUGAUUACAUGUACGUCAUGAAAUGCUCAAAAGACGGCGAAUUCACUAGAGGAGAACUUAGUCCCUAUGGGAAUAUUCAGCUAAGUCCUUCUGCUGGAGUCUUAAACUAUGGACAGGCGAUAUAUGAAGGUACAAAAGCAUACAGGAAAGAAGAUGGGAAGCUUGUUUUGUUCCGACCAGAUCACAACGCUAUUAGAAUGAAGACUGGCGCUGAAAGAAUGCUCAUGCCUGCUCCUUCCGUUGAUCAGUUUGUUGAUGCAGUUAAACAAACGGCUUUUGCAAACAAGCGUUGGGUUCCUCCUGCAGGGAAAGGGUCUUUGUACAUUAGGCCUCUGUUGAUGGGAAGUGGUCCAAUUCUUGGUUUAGGUCCUGCUCCUGAAUAUACAUUCAUUGUCUAUGCAUCUCCAGUUGGUAACUACUUCAAGGAAGGUAUCGCUGCUCUUAAUCUCUAUGUUGAGGAAGAGUAUGUCAGGGCAGCUCCUGGUGGAGCUGGAGGCGUCAAGAGCAUCACAAAUUAUGCCCCAGUUCUGAAAGCACUGAGCAGAGCCAAAAGUCGAGGGUUUUCAGACGUUCUGUAUCUUGACUCUGCUAAGAAGAAGUAUCUUGAGGAGGCUUCUUCUUGCAACGUCUUUGUUGUUAAGGGUCGGACAAUCUCAACUCCUUCAACUAAUGGAACAAUUCUUGAGGGGAUUACGCGGAAAAGUGUGAUGGAGAUUGCAAGUGAUCAAGGUUAUCAGGUAGUAGAGAAGGCAGUUCAUGUGGAUGAAGUAAUGGAUGCAGACGAAGUUUUCUGCACCGGAACUGCUGUAGGAGUUGCUCCGGUGGGUACUAUAACAUAUCAGGACAAAAGAGCAGAGUAUAAAACAGGGGAUGAAUCUGUCUGCCAGAGUCUACGGUCUGUCCUUGUCGGUAUUCAGACAGGAUUGAUUGAAGAUAACAAGGGAUGGGUCACAGGUGUCAACUGA